UCUAAACGUUCCCUGCUGGUCAGGAAUCGACUCGCGCUCGGACACGCCCCCUGCUGUUGCAAAAGAGAUGAAGCAGAGGCCAAUCCUGACCUGCUGGGCAGCAACGAUCACGCUGAGCGCUUGCGCUUGCGCUUCAAUUUUUGCAGCAGCAGCAGCAGCAGCAGCAGCAGCAGCGGCACAAACGCACCACCGUACUGCUCGGGAUGUGCAGCAUGCGUCGAGCGACGACGCUCUGUUUAGGCGCGCCCCGCUGAAGCCGCUCGGCCCGGCUGAGAAGGCUCUUGAGCUGGAUGUUGCCCCGAGCGUGGUCGAUCGGGUCGAUGGCGGCGGUGCAGUUUCUGCUGCUGGCUCGAGCGUGGCCCACCGGGUCGAUGGCGGCGGUGCAGUCCCUCCUACUGGAUCGUCGAGCGGGCCCCUCGAGCUGCCUGACAGCUCGCAUCGAAAAGCGAGACCACCCCCCGAUCUCAACAAGAAAUUGGGAAGAGCACAAAAUUACAAGGGAACCUUUCCCGGCAAGUCCAAAGGUGCCGAAUGGAGGCGCGAAAAUACUGAACGCUACGAGCACUCCAAGCAUCGACGUAUCAUCAAGCACGAAAUGGGCCUGACGUCGUCUGGAAAGAGCAAACAGGAUUGGCCACCUUGGGACGGCAGGAGCGCGCACCAUCGCGCCUGGCUCGAGUCGCCUCAGGGCAAAGAGUAUAUACGCAGGGUCAAUGAACGCAUCGCAGCGGAUCCAGCGACGCUCACGGAUGUCGGCGGAGCCUCUCGCGGUCUUUCCUGGGGCACUUCGGCAUCCGCAGUGCGGCGCAGGGAGAAUCCCGAGCUGCACGCUGCUGCUCGAAGGAGACGCUUAGUUCGCAUGUCCUUGGGUCUGCCCUCGCAUACGAGCAGACAGCUGCCACUUCCAGACUGGGACGCUCGCAGCAGUGGGCACAAAGCGUGGCUCGAAAGCACGGUGGGACAAUUGUAUACGGAGCGCUUGCGGAACGAAGAGCGCAUUGCAGCCGAGCAUCCUCGACCAAAACGCCCUCCGGGCACUCCAGCGCCAAAGCGUCGACCAAAGCAGCUUGACGGUCAGGCAGCGCUACCUCAGCAGGCGCCCGGUGCGCAAUCGUCGUCUGCGGCCGGUGGCGGUAGUGCAGCAGAGCCAGAAAGGCCACCCUCUGAUCACGCAGACGAGACAUCGCUAUUGGUCGCUCGCACAAGGGUACCGGAUGGCUCCAUUUUCGGAGCGAUAGAACAGGCCCCUCCCAGCGCAUCCUCCGCUGCAGACGCGGAUAAAUUGCCUGCCACUGUCAAAUUCUUGAGGAUCCGUCCGCACGCCAUGCACAGGCUCCUUGCCGCCGACACGCCAGGAGUUCGUCAAGGGUAUGCCAAUCAGGCUGGCGUUUCCAAGGAGACGCUUGGCAAAGCUCUCUCGCAGGCGUGGGACGAACACUCUGCUGCUCGCGCAAGCCGUGCUAUCGACGUAGGCGAGGGCGACUCAAAGGCAGUCGCUUUCACACAGGCUCAUGCCGAACGCUUGAAGAGUCUCUCGCCCGGCCAGAGGCGCAAGGUCGCAGCGCUUCAGUCGUACUUUGACUCGAAUCAACGAGAUAUGCAUCUGGCCAUGUCGCAUACGGACCAUCGCGCAACGAAAAAGACGGCUAGGAAGCUCAAGGUGGACCCUGCUACUCUUGCUGAUGCUCUCAAUUUGCGACGUCCUCUUGUGCCAGUGGCCAAAACCAAAGGGCGGCCAAACUUGCCCGAGAUGCGACACGUUGGCGAAGAAGAGGUUCGAACGAAUCGCGAAGCCAUCUUGCGGGCACUCCAGGAUGGCGAACGUCUUGGCAUGAUGCCUCCCCCCAAUCACAGUGGCCCGCAACGAGUAAGGAAUAGCCGGACGUCGAUUCACGAUGAUCGUAUGCGGCUCUACCGAGCCUUGGGCGUCAAACCACCCCAAAAAUUCGGGCCGACAAACACCAGACUCACUCCUGAUGGCUGCAGAAGUACGCAGCUGCGUGAUCUCAAGCGUGCCGCACGAGCCGAUAACGGCAGCACAGAGUGCGCAUCGAUGAUGAAGAAGCAGGCAGGCCAAGCUGCAACGAGCACCCGCACGACUGACCACACCAAUCCCCUUUUGCCCCACUCUGAGAAUUCCGAACAUGUGAGCAGUUCUGCCAAGGGACUGAAACAGGAUUUGAACCUCUUACCUGGUCAGGCGCUCGAUGAUCUUGAACGCCAAAGGUUGGCACCGCGUGGACUCGGCACCGCAGAGGAAGCGGCUGCAUCUGCGUCGGCCAAGCAUCUCGAAACCGCGCCGAUCGAAGCUGUCGAGUCGAGCCCUGCCGCAUCAGCAAGCGAAGUGGCAUCCGGCACGAACAGCCGUGCCAAGAGACGACCAGUGAACAUGGAGCCCCUGCCCGUCUUUAAAGGCGCGACCGGCUAUGCCGAGCUGCUGCGUUGGAAUAAGAGCUACACCAAGCAAGGCCUAGAAGUGCCGGCGCGCAUAAGGCUGCCCAAGAACGCUCUGAGCAAGGGGCAGUACUACAGGUUGAGAAUGAAAGGACUCAGCGACGAAGCCUUCAUGGCCAAGUUGGAGGAUCCGAAGCGCGCUGACAUGGUAAAAACGGGAAGGUCCUACCGCAAAACGCCAAUGGGCGUUCAGAGCACGCAGUGGCGGGACAAGAGGAGGGUCUUGGCCGUCAGCGGAGCGUCUCAGAAUGUCAACAAACGCUUGCAGCCCGGUGAAGGCAGCAUCGUGACGCAGAGGUUGGACAAGGAGUUGACGAAUUUGUCUCGCAAGGGCCAAAUUGCGCGCCUAUUUGGAGAAGACCCUGCGGCCGCUUUGCCAUCGUGGGUACCACGCUCUCAUCUGAAGCGAGCGGGUCUGCUUCGUGGAGAUCCUUCGCCGGGCGAAUACUCGCGAGCCCCGGCUCGCGCUUUGACCAAUCCUGCGGAGUCGGAUCAUUCGCACACCCUGGCCUCUUCGAGGGAGUCGUCACCAGCGACGCAUGCAGCGCCCCAACGUCGCGCCGUAGCGUCUCGCCAGGACGAUCAAGAAGUUGGACGCGCGAUGCUCUAUACUCGGGGCCUGUCCGAGCCUGGCUCUGCUGCCUGGAAAGAGACGGAGGACUCGCUGCGCAAGGCAUCUUUCCCGUCGGCCAGCGACGCAAACCCAUCGUUUGGCAAGUGGAACAAAAGCUAUUCGCAUGCAGCAGCUGUCAAAACUGAGCUGACGCUGGGCUUUCCGGAGCAAGGGUCUGUCUCGCCGCCGCGCGCUGCUGUGUCACCGCAGAACGUUAGCAAGCGCACUCGCGUGGAUACCGAUCUGAGUCUAGGCGGGUCUAGGGCUAAACGUCCAGCAGUCGACAUAAACGAGCUUGUGACGCCACGCACGGCCCAUCUCGAUGCGUGGAGGCAGCGACGUGGGACGCACAAGUAUGAGCGCUCAGGCCAUGUGGAUGGCGCACCGCUGUACACCUCGCUCCCGCCAAAAGCCGCGUAUCGAGGUGCCGGAUCGUAUUCGGAGCUGCUCGAUUGGAACAGGGCGUAUGGGGAGCGGCGCCACGUCCCAGCAGAGAUCAGGAUUCAUGACCGUGCUCCUGCCAAAUCGACAGUCUGGCAUUACCAGCAGCGAGGCUACACCGACGAACAGAUCAUGGGCUUGGUGGACAAGGGAUUUUUCAACGGAUCGCGGGGUGAUGCGGUCCCGGCUCUGACCCACUCGGGCCGAUACGACAAUUACGCACGAUACGCCGAAGCCACUCGACGCAAGCAGCAGAGAGAGAGGGGGCAGUCUGCUCAGGACAGCCAAAGACUUCGCCGCCUCGAGCGCCGUCACGCCACGCCCGCAGUCGAGCAAGCCGGAGAUGAUCCUGCUCACGGCCGCAUCGCGCCAAAUCAGCUUGUGCGCAGAGUCGCACACGGCGAUGGAAAUCGAUUGAUUGAAGACUUUUUGGCCGCUGCGAUGGAGGGGCACGACGUCCGACUGCCACACGAGCUCGAAGAUUUGCACGAUAGUCCAGUCCGAGCAGCGAGCCCACGCGCCUGGAGCGCAACGCCUUCCAGUCAGACGCCCCGCAGUGGUGUUUCAGGCGGGCAAGCGCCGCACAUGUCCGCUCCACAUCCGCUGCAUUCGGGUUCUGCUUCUCCUCAGAGUGCGGUCAGCAGCAUACCUGCAAGCAGCAAAGCUACGUCUGCUUCCUCUCACAUGCAGAACGACUCGAUCUCACCUGCCCAGCAAACGACGUCCAGCGAGCCUCGAAAGCAGCGCAGGACGCGCAAAGGAGGCAUUCGACCUCCUCUUGCCCUGUUCAAAGGCGCGAGGAGCUACGACGAGCUGUACCAUUGGAACAAGGAGCAUUGGAUGCAUGGCGACGAAGCGCCGGUGCAUAUUCGUUUGCCUCGGACAGCACCGACACCGUCUGCAGUAUAUUACCGAGCAGAGAAAAAGGGAAUCCCGCACGAGACGCUUAUGAAGGACAUUGAGAGUGGCGAGUUGCGGGCCGGAUCUUCGGGACGUCAACGCAAGACGCCCGAGGGGAACAAGAGCACGCGGUGGAAGGAUCGUCAGGUUGCGAAGGCGAAGCUGGGACUCGUGCCUCGGCGAAGCACGUUUGCGCCCGGGCCGGAACGAAAGACGCCGAAAGGCUCGGGCAACACGGCAAGAUUGGAUAGGCAGGUGACGGAAGCGCUACAGCAAGCAGCACAAGGAACGGCCAAGCUGACGGACGUAGAGUGGGCCGCUAUUACCCACGUCAAUAGUGUGGGGAGGCCCAAGGUGGCAGGACAAUCGCUGCCAGCGCAUCCAACGGCCCAUUCGCCUACCUCGACGCCGACGGAACAUUGAUCUCAUAGCAGGGAGUUGUGUGCGCAUCUCAACCGUCAGCACUUGUCUCAAAGCAUGCAUUGGGCCGCUGCUUGUCUUGUAGUCAUGAUGUAGCGUGCGAUCUGGUUCACAAAUAGAUGCUGACCGAAUGCAAUCGAAUCACGAGUGC